AUGGACGUCAUCAAGGCAGAACACCUGAAGCGUCUCCGAGAACGAGAGGCGGGACGCGAAGUCUUCCUGCGGCCACUUCCCUUGGAGUCCACGGUGGAGGAUGUGCGAGAGAUGGUGGUCAGCAAAUGCGGGGAGGAGAAAGUUGCCAUCGAUCGGGUGAAACUACUUAAGACGGCCGGUGGCAGCUUGAUGAGCGCUUUCCUCACGCUGAGCUCCGAGGCGGAAGCGCGGCACUGCACGGCGCAGCUGAACGGUGCCAGCUUCGGGGGACAGGUGAUGGCUGCGAGUCCGGCACGCAAUCGCGAGGGGCUCAAGAAAGCCAAGGAGCCAUGCAUGUUCUUCCUUGAGGGCAAGUGCAUGCGAGGUGACACCUGCCAAUUUGCCCACGAAAAAAGUGCUUCGGAAGCGGGCAGCAGAAGGCUUCCGCCCUGCAAAUUCUUUGCUUCAGGAGGCUGUUCUCGUGGCCAAGACUGCAAAUUCUCUCAUGAGCCUGGCGAGGACAAGGCACUGUGCGGUCUGGCUGUUUGGUGA